AUGACAACUGUUAACAUUGAUAAUGACAACGUACAUAUUAAACAAUUAAAUGCGCUAUUCUUGGAGUGUGCAAAUAAUGGCGAAGCGUAUCUCGAUCAAGGUGGACUCCAUACGCUUUGUGAAAAGCUUAAUUUAUUAUCUUCUAUUGAUUUGAUAAUCGAACGGGUUUUGUGCGGGUACAAUGUUGUUGAUUUUCCGACAUUCAAAGAACGUUUUGUGCGUUUAUUGCCGGAAAUCGUUAAUUUUGAUUCAAUAGAUAUAAAGUUGCAGAAAGAAAUUGAAAAAACGUUAUCUCAACUUGGUUUCAAUUUACAUUCGUUUUUAAAUCAAUAUGAUAUUCGAUUGAUAUGCGAAAAUACGCCACAACUUAAUAGGUUGAAUACAGUCGAUAUAAAUGAUUUGUUUGGUCGUGCUGAUUCGAAGCAUGCAGGUCGCAUAACAAUAAAUCAGUUUCUUAAUCAAUAUCAAAUUCAAAAGCAGCUUAAUGAUGAAGUGAAUUUUAUUGCCGAAACCUUUGCCCCAUCGGUGAAUUUAUUUGAAGCAAUUGACACGAACAAUACGGGAAUCGUUGAUGUCCAACAAUUGGUAGAACAUUGGGCUACAUGUGGUAUAAACAUCGAGCAAAGCUUGGCCGCUUUAAAGGAAACGGGUUUGCCACUACAUGGAUCGAUCAACACUAUUUCCUUAAGUGGAAAGCUAGAAAGAGAAUUGAGUGAUGUGGCCAUAUCUUCAUCGGCUUCUAAUCUCAUUCGUGUCGCUCUUCUUUCACUCCAUGCCUAUAUUGAUCACUUGAGGUAUUUGUCAAAAGAAGGUGAAUCGCGUUGUGAUCAUUUGCAUAAACAACUUCAGUUGGCAAAUCAGCGAAGAAAUUUACUGAUAGAAGAACUUGAGCAAAACCAGGCAUCAGUUGAAGAAAGUUAUGAACAACGUUUGAGGCAGUGCGAAGAACGCUAUCGGGCUCGCAUAAGUCAGUUAGAAGAAAGAUUUUCUACUGAAAAGAGAGAUUUAAUCAAGGAAGUCGAACGUAUGGAAGAAGAACUCUCAAGGGUGCGCUAUAGUGAAUCAACAUGCAAAACUCGCUUACAAUUGGUAGAACGUCAGUGUGCUCGUUUCGGUGAAGAAGCACAGGAAAUGGCUGAAUCAAUGCAGAAAAUGGAACAUGCCAAUCGACAAUUACGUGCAGAACUAGGCAAGGCUUUACAUCCGCGGCAAAUUGAUGAAAAUGCUCAAAUAUUAAUGUGGCGGCGAAGAGUUGAAUUUCUACUUGCACAUAAUAAAAAACUUAGAGAUAAAAUAGAUGAAAUGGCGAGCAGUAAAAAGAAAUAUAAUUUUUAUCGUAAAAUAAAUCCUCUUUAUUUCCACUGGACAAAUUCGUUUCGCCUGAAAGUGCUCGCCAUUCGAAAACGUCGCAUCGAACGCAAUAAUUCACUGUCUGAAAUGGAAAGUGAACCAGAAUCAAUUUUUAUUCGUGUAAGAAGAAGGCGUUUAUUGAAAGUUCGAGAGCGAAUGCGUAUACAUCAAAGGAUAGAGCAGUCAGUGAAUGCUAAUAAAAUAGCUGUGGAAGGAACCUCGAGUGAAGAAACGGUGAACUCAUUAGUUCGAAACUCAACGUCGGAAAGGAAUUUGGUAUCUUUACUAGAAAAAAAGCAUGAAGAAUUAAAAAGGUUAAAGGACGAACAUCGAAGAGAAAUUUCUGCUUUAAAGCUAUCUGCUAAUAAAGCACUUUCUGAUGCUUUAAAUGAUCAACAGAGGCAAAUAACUCAAAGUUUUGAAAAAGAACGUUGGCAAUUCGAUGUCAGAUUGGCAAGUGAGCGUAAUGCAUUAGAAAGGAAAUUCGCUGAAGAAAAAAUGAAAUUAAUUAAUCGUUUGCAGGAAGAAUUCGACUUGGAGUUGAAUCGACUGAAAGCAUUAAUAUCACCUUGCGUUUCGGAUGAUUCUUACUUGUAUAAGAACCAAAAUGAAGUAUAUUUUACGAUAAUUUUAAUCGCUCUUUUUGCGGAAUUGCCAAACGAAUUGAGUAGUAAAAAAAUGGAUUCACAUAAUGCAAAAUUCACAAAUUGUGAUGGAAGAUAUUUGAAUCGAAAACCUCAAGAUUGUUCUGUUUCAGACAAUGCAGUUCCUUCAACAUCUGCAUUCGUCUUACUUAUUGAGAAAUAUCGCGCUAUUGCGCCAACUAAUAAGCAUCAUUUCAUAGAAAAACGUUCAUCAAAUAGUAUUGAAAAAGCUUCAAGUCAUUCUUCUUUACCUAUAUUUUUUGACAAGCUGAAGCAAUCUCCUUUGCCUCAAAAAUGUAAUAGGUGUGAAUUAAUAGAUAAAAGGUUGAAAGAACUUUUGUCAGUAAUUAGUAACGAAAAUAUUGUUAUCGAAAGCGGUUUUGAAGACAUUGAUUCGAGUAUCGAAGGUAUCAAUGAGGAAGUUUCAUUAAUUAAGACGGAAAAUAAGACAUUGAAAAGUCGGCUUGAACUCUUACGAGUCAAAAUAAUCGAAUUGCGUUUAUGUCUAUCAGGAAGUGGCACAAUGUAUCGGAAGUAUGAUUGUAUGCUAGGCGGAAGCGAAAAUUCAGAAAUGCGACAGUUUAACACAAAAAAUUUUGCGCAUAAUUUUUGCGGAUCAAUGCUUGUUGGAAAUUUUCGCAGACAAAUUAUUCGACUAGAAGCUGAGAAGGCAUUACUAAAUGCUCGUCUUAUAGAACUUAAAGAAUUAGUCAAACAUUUGGUUAACAAAUAUAAAGAACAACUAGAUGAAACUUCUCGUCUCGGUGAUAUUUUUCGUCGUAUUUAUUCUAAAGUCGGAGGUUCCUAG